AUGGAUAAUCCUGCGGACGAGAAGACGGCGUCGGAAGGACAAUCCGCCAUGGAUCUGUCCACCGAAGAGAAAGGAUCAGAGGAACAGUCUCCCCCCGAGAUGAAAUCCAAGAAGCCGCUCUCCUUCCAUCUGGCCUUCGUGGGGCUGCUGUUCAUGGUGUUCAUCGUGUCGCUGGACACGACCACCCUGGCGGUGGCCAUCCCCAUCAUCGCCCGCGAUCUCGGAGGCACGACCCUGGAGUCCUUCUGGGCCAGCACCUGCUUUAUGCUGGCCGUGUCGGUCGUGCAGCCCCUGUACUUGAGCAGCUCGGACGUGCUGGGGCGGAAGAUCCCGCUGCACACCGCAUACUUUCUUUUCGUCGUCGGCUCGCUCGUCUUCGCCCUGGCCCCGAACAUGGCCACUGUUAUCGUCGGCCGCACCAUCCAAGGGCUCGGGGGCAGCGGCCUUGACGUGCUGAACGAGAUCAUCACCGCUGACAUGACCACUAUGAAAGAGCGCCCCACGUAUCUCGGCCUAUUGGCUAUCCCCAUGGCCGCCGGCGCCCUGCUCGGUCCUAUUGUCGGCUCACUCUUCACUCAGUACGUGACCUGGCGCUGGAUCGGCUGGAUUAACCUGCCCCUCAUCGGCGCCAGCUUCAUUCUCACCUUCUUCUUCCUGCGCCUGCGCCCUGUUGAAGGCACAUUCCUCCAGAAACUCGGUCUUAUGGACCUGCUCGGCAUGGCCCUGUUCGUGGCCGGCUGCGCCGCCUUCGUCCUCCCGCUCAGCUGGGCCGGGGCUCUCUAUCCCUGGGGCUCCUGGCGGACCCUUCUCCCACUGAUCCUCGGCCUGGUCGUCCUGGCCCUCUUCGUCGUCUUCGAGCGUGUUCCCGCGCAGCCUGUUCUGCCUUACCGGCUGUUCAAAUCCGCCACCGCCAUCACCACCUUUCUGGGUGGCUUCCUCCACGGCCUUGUCACCUACACCCUCAACACCUACCUCCCGCUCUUCUACCAAGCCGCCUUUUACGAAACCCCUCUGCACGCCUCCGUUACUCUACUCCCCAUGAACGUCAUGUCCCUGUUCUUCAGCUGCGUCUCCCCAAUCUCCGUCAGUUACCUCCGCAAAUACCGCGUGAACAUCUGGACGGGCUGGGUGUUCCUCACGCUCGGUACUGGACUCCUCCACAUCAUCACCCCCGCCUCAUCCGUGCACUUGCGCACGGGUCUCCCCAUCGUGGUCUCCCUGGGAGUCGGCGUUCUUUUUACUGUUCUUGUCCUCCCGGUGCAAGCCAGCGUCGCCAGCGUCGACGACACGGGGUUUGCCGUCGGCUUAUUGGUCUUUUUCCGGUUACUGGGCGGGUUAGUCGGUCUAGCGAUCGGGUCGACAGUGUUUAGCAGUGUUUUCGCAAAGUCGAUCAAGGCGUUGGGAACCCUGCCUAGUAGCCUGGCCACGCUGGAGAACAGUCAGGCCGCGGUGGGGUUUAUUCCUCAGUUGAGGGAUCUGAGGGGGCAGGUGGGGAAGGAGGUCUUGGAUCAGGUGACAGGUGUGUAUAGCCAUUCGUUUCAUGUCAUCUGGAUUGUCUUGAUUGUCUUUGCGGGAAUGGGCCUGGUGGCGUCAUGUUUUACGAAGGAGGUGAGUAUGGAGAAGGAGGAGUUGGGCAGGCAGCGGUUUGAGGAUCCGUCACCAAAAGUCUCGCCUCCCUCUCCUCACUCCGACCUUUUCCAUCCCACACACACACACACACACACACACACACACACACACACACACACACACACACACACACACACACACACACACACACACACACACACACACGCCAUGUCGCUACUGCGUUCCAACGGGGUGCCUAGCUCCUGCGAGCCAUGCCGCAAAUCCAAGAUUCGAUGCGACCACUCCGUCCCUUGCGGCCGAUGCCGGCGCAGACGCAAGCCGGCCCUGUGCGUGUACCAACCGGCCCCGAUGUCCAAGCAUCCGAACAGGACGGAUCGCAGCUCCACCGACUCCAUUUCGUGCGGCAGUGGCAGCAACAUUACUGCCAGUGCCAGUCUCAGCAGUGCCUGGACAAGCCCGCUGCCUCCUCCCUCACUGGUCACUCCGCCCCUGCCCCCUGGCCAUCUCCGUGACCGCUACCUUGCCGACUCGAGUCACCGCGGCACCUCGACCCCCAGCACCGGCGUCUUCGGGCCCACCAGCUACCUGUCUGUGCUGCGCGACGACAUCGACGAUGGCUCUUCCAGCAUAGCCCUCUUUGCCAAAUCCCUGCAACAAAACACCAGCGCCAUCAUCGACGACAGCCAGAUCCAGCUCGGUGCCGAGCUGCUCCUCAUCCUGCUCGAUGAUUUUGCCCUAUACGAACACAUGGCCACGGCACGGUUCGAUCACUGCCAAGGCGAUCUAUUCUGCCCACCUGCCCUGCGUCUAAUCCUGUCUUCCAUCCGAACAAUGCUCCACGAGGCCAUCACCGAGCCCGCCAACCCGCUCCCUUCUCUACUUACCCUCUCCCGAAGCAUUUUUACCGCCUCCUCCAAACCUUUAGUCGUAGACCCCGCCAUCACCCCCACAGAAUAUUUCUCCUGUAUGCCGAACCGCUGGGAGAUUAUAGGGCUAGUCUUUGCGGUAAUUGGCUCCAGCGCAUGUCUCCUCCCGCAACACGAUCUGGCUGCGUAUUCCCCCCCGCACCGUCCCCCACUUGACAGAAAGGGUCUCGCAGCUGUCUGUGUGUCAGCGAGUGAAAUCUGUCUUCGCUUUUUUGACUACACCGGUGUCAUUUCUGAACAGCUGUGUUGGGUGACACUGGAACAUGCUUCGCUUCUUACCCUGCUUUAUGGGGAUUACGACUACCGCCCCUACAAAUCACUCUCUGCACUCAUAACCCUCCUCUUCACCCUGGGCUACCACCACCGCGAUACCACAUCCAAACUCCCUUUCUUCCGCGCGGAACACCGCAAACGCCUCGUCGUCGCCACCUACGCCAUGGACAAAGGGCUUUCCACAUUCUUAGGUCGUCCACCCCGUAUGAUCCGUCGGUAUAUCACCAUCGACCCGCCACUGGACAUAGCCUUCACAGAUAUCAUAGCCUCGCCAGAAAUUGCCACGCCCUCGGACUUCGACCGCUGCCCCGAAACAGCCAAAGUUUGUCUCUUUCUGCACAUGGACUCACUGUAUAAUGAGUUCAUUCUCCAGCGGAUAUUAGUCCAGCGGACGGGCGCCAGCACAGAGAAAUUGAUUGCUGUUGCGCACGAGCUGCUGGAUAAUUUGUUGUUGUUGAUUGCCAAUCGCGCUGUCGGUGGGGGAGAUGGGAAUUCUGUGGUUUGGAUUAUCUCCUCCCUCGGCCUCCCCCCUGCCGGCGUCCUGGCUAUCGAACUACUGCAUCAAUUCCAGAACCCCGAUUCCCAUUUUCAGUCAGCAGGGGGCUUUCCCCGCUCGGAAAUCAUCCAAAAUCUGAGCCGCUUUGCUGCGGAUCUUGAAUAUGUGGUGCCGAGACAGGCGGGGAACUAUGAUGUUUGUCAGCAGGCGAGGUCAGUGAUUAGGCAUAUCCUUGAUCGGGUUUUGGGUGGAAGGGGGCCGGAUGCGGAGGCGGGGGAGGAGGUGGAGGAUGGGAAUGGGAGGGGGGAUGUGGGAGGGGGAGGACCAGGGCCAGGGUUUGUGGCAGGUGAUUGGAUGUCGUGGGAUUUUAAUGCCUGGAUGGAUGAGGAUUCGGAUUUGGUCAGGUGGUUGCAUAGUUUUGAGUAGUUUGUAUCUUCUAGUAAAUGGGUUGGAGUUGGGACUUGAGUAAGAGUGGGAUGGGAUACGAUGAGGUGAAGGGAAGAGAAAGAAAUGAAGAAAGGCCGUGUAUAUAGUCUAUAGAUAACCAGUUGAGAUGCAGAAUCGGA